AUGGCCUUGCAAGACAACACGGUAUCUCAGCAGCUUCUCGCCCCGUUCUGGCGCAAGAGAGGAAAGGCCGACGAUGAAAAGCACUUCGAGUGCGAGCAGAGCAAUAACAUCGUUUCACAGCAAGAAUUCCAUUGUCAUAGUCACUUCGAUAGCAGCUCUGAUAUGCGAAUUUUCCAUCACUUUCAAGCUGCGAACAGCAACCUUGCACCUAAUGAACCCCUUUUCGGGAGCGUCUUCCAAGAAGAUCGGGUCUUCACGCAGCAAUCUUCGGUCUCAAAACGUAAAGUGAAGUGUGACCGCGCAAAGCCUCGAUGCGAGAAAUGUCGGGAGGCAGAUCAGACGUGCACUAUGAAGGACGUACUGCGUAAAAGUGGGCCUCCUACAAAAGAAGAGAAGCAGAUGCUGGAUGAAGCUGCUAUCUGCUUCCUUAGUCGUAGAUCUGGGUCGUGA